AGGAGAACUGCGAGGUGGACCCCAUGAAGUGCUCAGCCUCCACCCUGGCCGACCACCAGGCCAACCUGCGCAUGUGCUGCGAGCUCGCCCUCUGCAAGGUGGUCAACUCGCACUGCGUGUUCCCCCGGGAGCUGAAGGAGGUGUUCGCCUCGUGGAGGCUGCGCUGCGCAGAGCGAGGCAGGGAGGACAUCGCGGACCGGCUGAUCAGCGCCUCGCUCUUCCUGCGUUUCCUCUGCCCCGCCGUCAUGUCCCCCAGCCUCUUCGGUUUGAUGCAGGAGUAUCCCGACGAGCAGACGGCCCGCACCCUCACCCUCAUCGCUAAGGUUAUCCAGAACCUGGCCAACUUCACCAAGUGA